AACUUCUACGUUGUUCCGGAUGAGAGACAGUUGUACGAAAUGAACUACCAGAUGUCUGUUUACUUCCAACAACAAUACUACAGACAUCCACUCCACAACAUCACAUACUAUCAGCGGCCGGGACCACAACGUCGUGUGGAAGCAGACUCACCAGCAGAAAGAAGAGAGAGACCUCUAUAUAGGGGUAUGAAAGAGGAAGCUGCUUAG